AUGGACGCGGAAUCGAAUCCGUGUCCCCACGUGACCGUGGACGACCACAUCCGCGCCUGCAUCGGGGGCUCCGUCGUCGGCCUGCUGCUCAUCUUCAUCCUCAAUGCCCGGUCCAUCUCCCGAUUCCUCUUUUCCCGCCAAUCUUCAUCGACGAUUGCCGACCAAUCCAAGAAGAAGACAAAGUUUAAGAAUGGGAGCGAAGUCGAUCAACCGAAGGCCCAUUAUGCAGCGGCGAAGAAGGAAGUCGUGAUUGAGGUGCCCGCCAGAGAUUACAAGAUGAACGUGGUGGACCACCUCAUCGGGGGCAUGCUGGUGGCCAUCAUGGCCAUCAACAUCUACACCCGCGUCACCCGCGGCGUCGGCCACUGGCUCGUACAGCCGUGCCACUACUUGACGGCGCUGUUGAUCGGAGCGACGUACAGCUCGUCGACCGAUGCUCGCCUGUUCUGGUUCUACCUCUACGCGCACUGGCAGGGGUACUUUGCGUUUUUCGGCGGAGACCUGUCGUGGUACGUGAACGCGGCCGAGCUGUACGCCUUUUGGCUGCAGCACAUCCUCAUGGUGCUGGUCCCGCUCUACUACCUCGCCGUCGGCCGCUUCAACACCCGCCACAGCAGCUUCACCUUCUUCCUCACCGUCUACACCUUCACCGUCGUCUACCACAGCCUGGUGCUGAUCCCCGUGGGCUACUUCACCACGACGGACUUCGACAACAUGCUGUGCCCGUUCCCCGGCGGUGAGGACCUUGUCGGCAUCUGGUGGCGCGAAGCCAUGGGCAUCUUCAGCUCGCCGUUCGCGUUCCUGGUGUGCUACGUGCCCGGCACGCUGGCCGCCUGGUUCUACUCUGCUCGGGAUCGCCGACGGCCGACCGCCGCCGCCACCAUCGCCACAGCCACCAAGAAGAAGAAGAACAACAACAACAAGGAGAAGAGCAACUAG